CUCCGGACUUCCGGUUUAGUUGCGUGACGUCAGAGAUAGUUGACAUCAUCAGCUCCAACAACUAAUUUAGGCUGCAAACAUGUCUUACGCGUAUUUGUUCAAGUACAUUAUCAUAGGAGACACUGGUGUGGGCAAAUCCUGUCUUCUUCUGCAAUUUACAGACAAAAGGUUCCAACCUGUACAUGAUCUUACGAUUGGCGUUGAAUUUGGUGCUCGUAUGAUCACUAUCGAUGGCAAACAAAUCAAGCUACAGAUCUGGGAUACAGCAGGUCAAGAGUCUUUCCGCUCUAUUACACGUUCAUACUACCGUGGAGCAGCUGGAGCUUUGCUUGUGUAUGACAUCACAAGGCGCGACACAUUCAACCACUUGACCACAUGGUUAGAGGAUGCUAGGCAGCAUUCCAAUUCCAACAUGGUGAUUAUGCUCAUAGGGAACAAGAGUGACCUUGAAGCCCGAAGGGAAGUCAAGAAAGAAGAAGGUGAAGCAUUUGCCCGUGAACAUGGAUUGAUUUUCAUGGAAACGUCAGCUAAAACUGCUGCAAAUGUAGAAGAGGCAUUUAUCAACACUGCGAAGGAAAUCUACCAAAAGAUACAAGAUGGUGUGUUUGACAUCAAUAAUGAGGCAAAUGGUAUCAAGAUUGGACCUCAGCAUUCACCUGCAAAUCAGAACAUGCCUGCAGGUGGAAGUGGUGGAAACCAAGGUGGCGGUUGCUGCUGAGUAGUCAAAAGUCAGGUGAUGAUGACGAUGUGAAGAUAUCUCACUUCCUUACGGCCUGACCUUGGAACAUGCUGGCUAUACUUUAUUAGGAACACCUGUAAUUUUUUUUUCCUGAACUCCUCAAUGUAUUUUCACCACAAAAUUUAUGGGCAUGAUCUUUACACAGAAGUAAUUGAAAGGCUAUGUUAUUUAUAUUUAUGAACCAUUCUCAAAAAGGUCUGUUGAAAACAGUUGCAGCGACUUAAAUUUUGAAUCGGUAAAUUUUUAUGCUUGAUGACUUGAGUGCUGUCAAUACUAGGUGUUUUUCUAUUAAUUUUAAGUGAAAAAGAUAAUGGGACUCGAGGCCUGCACAGGGAACUGAUAAAGUUUGUUAACCCAUUUUUAACCCCUCUUUAUACUUAUUCUGGAAAUUUCUUGCACGUCAUAGACAACAUACAGUUGACUCAUUCCCUUUUAAAUCGCUGUGCAAACCUGCCUGUCCCUUAAUAUCUCUGUAAAAGUAAAUUCUCCUUCUGUGUUGUUUGCCACAAAUGGAGGAAAAAAGGCUCUCCAGCUCUGCUAACCUUUUGAGAAUGGUUCUCUGAAUGUGCCCACACGCAUUUCAUUUCUUCUUCUAAGAGUGUGAAUUUUAGGUAUCGUUGGGUUUCAGUGGAGUGCUCCUUGUACAGAUGAUGGUACAUUUAUUUCAUGUUGGACUGAAUAUUUGUCAUAAAAUGGUUUUGGGGGCUUCAUUAUGAGUCUUGAUAUGUAUACAGCAUGAAACAUUCCUGGCCUCUGAGUUCUUGGUGGCCGCUCAGUCAUAGUGACUAAUUUGUCUUUGUUCACUGGGGUUUAAAAAUGAGUUUGGGGGCAGAGACUUGAAGACUCAACUUAUGCUGCCUUGCAUAUAUUAAUAUAUACAGAGAAAUAAACUGAUCAUGGACACACCAAGCUUUCCUUAAAAAAGGAUAUGGUGAAGAAACGGUAGGGUUGUUGAAGUGAGUUUUAUGGGUUUUUAAAAAAGUAUUAGUAUCCUAAUUGCUCAGCUUUAGGUCAUUUGUAGGAGAAUCCUGGUCCUAUCUAGCUAUUAGUCAGUGUGGCCAAAAGCUUUUCUUUGAAUCUCGAAGUGUAACCUGGCAUCACACUACUGCUUGUGGCCACAUUAGACGUCUCAGGUAUGGGAAUGAUAUACCUUAUCAGGUGAUUAGCUCCAUUUCUCACUUUGCUUUGUGCAUACCACUGUUAUCACCCAGACUCUGAAAAUUAGUUUUUUUUAGUUUAUAGUUUUUGUAAAAAGUUUCUUAGGAAAAUUUUAACAUGUUGCAGCAUGCAGUAUAUUUAUUUCCAUGUCUAUUAUCUAUUACUUUGCUUUUUUUUGUAUGUAAUGAAAAUCUUUUUGAUCUGGUUCCAUUUGUUGUCUGUGAUUCCAUGUACUGUGAAUGUAUGUGUGGCAGCAAUGUAUUUUUAGCUGCCAUAGAUUUGUUUGUAUCCCAUGAGUAUAAUAUAUAUGUUGUUUGUAUAAUUAUUUUUUUUCCUAUCCUUUUUUUUUUCUUUUGAUUAGUGUACUCAGAAAGUUGCAAAGAACUGAUACAGCUUGAUUAUAUUGCUUUGAUGAUAAAAGGGGCUCUUCCUGGUGUUUGGGAGUUGCAUGGGUUUUUUUUUUCUCUCUCAUUUUGUGUGAUAUGUGUAGUGGUAUUGUGCACUUCUUUGUGUACGUAUGUAUGUGAAAUUGUUCAUGUAAUGAACCAGCUAAUUGGUUUCGUGAGAAGAUAAGUGUGAGUGGGUGAGACUGAGAGGGGAAGCGUCAGAGUGAGACUACACACCCAGGUAACAGAACCAAAGUGCAAUAUUUUCUGUGUGUAGCAUCUGCCUGUUUACUGUUGUGUACUUUUCUCAUAGUUUUGCUGUCUUGAGAGGUUGUUUUGGCACAAGUUCUACCCUGGAUAUGAGAAUCAUCUAAACUGUACAUGUGUCUGUGUUAUUGUCUUUAGGGCCAUUUGACGAUCUUUGUAACUAACGCUGGCAGUUUAAAGGAGUCUCCUAGUACAUUGAGUAUUGCCUGUUGUUUGUCUUAAAUUUGAAGGUUCCACCAGGUUAGUUGUCACUAUAGGAUCACAUUUGGUUUGGCAUGAGCCAAAGAUUUUUUCAUAUAUAAAAUUUGUCUUUUGUGAAGAUGAAAGAAACAAUAAUGAUAAUGUCAAUUUGCAUAAUUUGUAUUUUCUCAAAUCCUUGAUGUGCUCUUUAGUUUUGGCACUUUGCUAUAGCUCAAAACAGUGAUAGAAAGGGAGUGUUAGUACUUCUUUUAUAAAAGUUACCGUACUUUCUUAAUGUUAAAAAGAUUAAUCUUAAAAAGACUGUUACUAUGAAGUAAAAAAAAAGGAAGGAACUGGAAAAUGCCCAGUGCUGUUCUUCGGAAACCAAAGUUUUUCUCUAGUCUUUUUAGGGAAAGGCCCAAUGUGUUUGUUUGUCAAAUAUUUAGAAUUGUGUCAUGUGUGGAAGAUAUUGUUUGUGCUUUUUAAUGACCGAUGUCAUUUUCCCUUCUCUAUUCAAAACAAAGAAAUAUUUCUCAUAAUUCAGUAGCCUCAAAUAAUAUGCUCAACGGUAUCUAAAAUUAAUGCCAUAAUUGCAUGCAUGCUGCUCACUCAGUAACAGUCAUAUGGUUUUGCAUAUUUAACUACCGCAGUUCUUGACAUUUGUUAAUAAUUUUAAUUUGUUUACUGUCAUUUUCUUUAUUUGUGGACCCACAUUUUGUUCUUGGGUGGUGUGGGUACUGGACCUGAUGAGGAUGGGUGAUUUACAAAAUUUCACAGGGAUCAGCAUAAUGGUUGCCAUAAAAAUAGUCACCAACAUUUUUUUGAAAUUUUCAAAUUGCUAUAUUUGGAAGUAGAAGAGACAUCAUGUGAUUCACUGUGUCUUGAAGUUUAAGACAAUAUUUUCAGCUGUACUGUACUGGAGUUCUUUUUUUCUGCUCCUCAUUUUUACAUUUUAAAGGGUUUUUUUCUUAAAUUUUCUUACAUUUGGCCUAACAUUUGACUAAUUUUCUCACCUAGUUAAAUGCUUUCUUGUAAUUUUAUUUGCAUUGAUUUUAGAUCGACAGAAAUCCUUAUGCUUGUAGUGCAUUAUGUGCUUAUGCUCUCAAAAUGUCUCCCAAAAGAAUGACUUGUCAUCGAGAAUGCACAUUAUUGGCAUACAUAUCCUGAUUUUUAAAAAAAAUGCAGUUUUUUAAAUUUGGAAUGGUUUCAUGUUCCCAACUAGAGCAUUACUUUAGCACUAACUCUCCAUAAUUUUUUCAGCAAUUUGCAUGGGUGGGCCCUGAAUUCUUUCAGCCUCUGUGGAAGUGCAAAAUGGUACAUGUUUUAGAAAAUUGGAGGGAAAAAGUUCACAUCCAAUUAGCUGUCUGUUUUCCAUCGACUCUAAAUUGAUAAUAUAAGUAAGGUAAUACAAUCUGUAAAAGAAUAAUCAAUUUUAUCAAAGAAGUGAAAAGUUUCCUUUGAAGAGAAUGAAAGUGAUCUUUUCUUUACUUUAUGAUCAAGAAAGUACCCCUUGAUAUUUACAAGAAAUGAUUGAAAACUUCCCCUAUGAGCUUAUCUGUGAACGUGAUGUAAAAUGUGCUAUGAAGGAAAUAUUGUAUUCUGUAUUGUCAACAAUAAAUCUUUACAAAAACUGAAUGACACCAGCAUCAUCUUCCCUGGUUUUCUUACUGUCGUAAUUUUUGCAAACAAACUUGCUUCACGGACCACCAAUGUUUAAUUGAUGAAAAAUUAGUAAUUAUAUGGCAAGAAACGGAAUGGCAUCUCAAGGUUUACAGCUAAUUUACUAUCAUUUUUUAACCUUCAUAUUACUGGUAUGGUGCGUUAAAAAUUCGUCAAUUAUAAUAGUGCAGUGGUUUGAAUCCAUGUAAGAGUUGCUGUGGAAUUUGAUCUUGAGUGGCAAUUCUGCGGUAUGUGGAACUUGCUCUGUGGACAGAAGACCAAUGGUUUGGGAGAAUUAAGUGUCAGUUCUGAAUUCUUCAAGCUUUGCUAAAACUUUUUGAAUCAUCAUAUAAACCUACCUUCUUAUAUGUUCAGGAAACAUAAAGAAAAUUAAGUCCAUGCCUACUCUUUAUAAACAUUUUCUCUUUGGCUAAGUGCGCUUCACAUACUACAUGUUAUAUGCAUGUCAUUUCUUUUUUUUUUAAAUUUCAUUUUUCUGAACAGUGACUUGGCAUUGUCUGCAAAUGUAGCAGGUACUUUGCCUCUUUCUGACUUCAGAUUCAUCCUUUUAUGUUGAGUGAAUGAGCCUCAUGUCAUGACAUACUUGUGAAAUAAACUAAACUUGGUCAAAUGUCA